CGCGGCGCGGCCCCGCCUCCUCCCCGCCGCCCCGGAGCCGCAAGUUUGGCGGCUCCGAGCCCUGCGCGCAUUGGCACCCGGCACCUCUGUUCCUGCUGGCCUCGGUGCGCCUGCUCGGCAGGGACCCUCGGAAGCGAUGCUCAUGGAUGUGCUUUUAGUUGUAGGGUUCUGCGUGUGUACUGCCAGGACAGUGGUUGGCUCUGGGCUGGACCCUGACCUUCAGAUGGACAUUAUCAGCGAACUUGACCUCGGAAACACCACCCGUGGAGUCACUCAGGUGUCUGGACAGCACAAUGGCAGCAAAGCGUUUUUAUUUCAAGAUACAGGAAGAGAGAUCCAUGCAGCUCCUCAUGUGAGUGAGAAAUUAAUUCAGUUGUUCCAGAAUAAGAGUGAAUUCACCUUUUUGGCCACCGUGCAGCAGAAGUCAUUGACUUCAGGUGUGAUACUGUCCAUUGGAGACCUGGAGCACAGCUAUUUUGAGCUGGAGAGCAGUGGCCUGCGGGAUGAGAUUCGCUAUCACUACAUGCACAAGGGGAGGCCCAGGACAGAGGCACUUCCCUACCGGAUGGCAGAUGGGCAGUGGCACAAGGUGGCUCUGUCAGUUAGUGCCUCGCACCUCCUGCUACACGUGGACUGCAGUCGGAUUUAUGAGCGUGUGAUAGAUCCUCCAGAGACCAGCUUUCCCCCAGGAAGCAACUUAUGGCUUGGGCAGCGCAAUCAGAAGCAUAGUUUAUUCAAAGGCGUCAUCCAGGACGGAAAGAUCAUCUUCAUGCCAAAUGGAUACAUAACACAGUGUCCAAACCUCAAUCGCACUUGCCCUACCUGCAGUGAUUUCUUAAGCCUGGUGCAAGGAAUCAUGGAUUUACAAGAGCUUUUGGCCAAGAUGACUGCAAAACUGAAUCAUGCAGAGAGAAGACUUAGUCAGUUGGAAAACUGUCACUGUGAGAAGAUCUGUCAAGUGAGUGGAUUGCUCUAUCGGGACCAAGACUCUUGGGUUGAUGGUGAUCACUGUAGGAACUGCACAUGCAAAAGCGGUGUUGUGGAGUGCCGGAGGAUGUCCUGUCCCCCUCCCAACUGCUCCCCCGAUGCCCUACCCGUGCACAUCGCUGGUCAGUGCUGUAAGGUCUGCAGACCAAAAUGCAUCUAUGGCGGGAAAGUUCUUGCAGAAGGCCAGCGGAUCUUAACUAAGAUCUGUCAGGAAUGCCGAGGUGGAGUUUUAGUGAAAAUUACGGAAACGUGUCCUACUUUGAACUGCUCAAAGAAUGACCACAUUCUUCCAGAGAAUCAGUGCUGCAGAGUCUGUCGAGGUCAUAACUUCUGCGUGGAAGCACCUAAAUGUGGUGAAAACUCAGAGUGCAAAAACUGGAAUAUGAAAGCGACUUGUGAGUGCAAGAGUGGUUACAUAUCUGUCCAAGGAGACCCUGCCUACUGUGAAGGAGUUCUGGAAAUCUGUCAUGAGCAUCUUUACAAGAUGUGAUUAAAAUGCAGGACCUGCUGCUGCUGAGUGGUUUGCAAAAUAAAGGCAGGCUCAUAAGAAUAUCGCAAUGUGAGGACUUCCUGAGAACAUGGCGGACAGACAGCAGCAGCUACUGAAGGCUCUCUAAAGGCUCGGCUCAGAGGCCAGGAAUGAUGCGGACUAAGGAGAUACGAACCAGUAGAGAUAUGCUCUGCUGACUCAGGAACGAACUGGGCUGAGAGAAUCUAACUUAGAAUACAGUCCUGGCGCUAAAAUAGGAACAGAAAAAUCUCGGUGUGGAGGCUCGACCCCGCGCCAUUGGAAACCGCGGUUUGGAUUUCCCGCCACCCAGCGGCUGGCUGCCUCCACAGCGGCUCGGCAAGGAGAGACGCGCCGAGCUCUGGGAACGGGAGUCUGCGAACGGAGUCGGAGGCAGGACGGACAGGGAGGAAAACUGACUGGUGGCGAGGUGAGCAAGAAACUGAUCCCCUACCACAGUUUGACUCCAGCGGAGGUUUUUCUGGGCUCGGGCAGUCCUGUGAGAGCAGGGCGCGGUGACAACUCCAGCCGCACAUUCCCCUCUCGGACGGGAUUGGUGAAAGGUGCCUGGCCUGAGUGACGCUGCUGGCGGACUCCCUAGGCUGGCCUAACCCAGAUCCCAGAGCCUGACGGUGGCCCGGAGGAGCGACCGACUCUCGCGUAGGCUGCCUCCUCCGCAACUCCCUGGGGCGCAGCAGUGGGCGGGAACAACUAGCCAGCACAAUUUGAUCAGGCUGUGGCUGACAGGCAGGGAAGCCGGGCCUCCUAUGUAAGAUUGCAUUUUAUAAGGAACAGAAAAUAUGGGGAAGGGAAGCAACAAAAAAGGCUCCUCGGCCCCCAAUCCUGAGAAACAGGCAAUAGUGGACACCGCACCAAUAUACAUUAAGUGCCAUCUAGAGAGCCUCAUAGACCAAUUCAGGAAUGAAGUUAUCAAUGACCUGAAGCUAGAAGUAUGCAGAAUAGUUAGAGAAAUGCUAAGCACCGCCCAGGAAAAAGCAGAUGGUGGAAUGGAACAACAGAAAAAGAGGGGAGAAUUGCUUGAUGGAGAAAACAGAGAAAGCAUUGAGUAUGUGAAGCAGGUUCAAAGAGACUAUCAAGAAAUUAAGAAGUCUAUCCAAGACUGGCAUAACAGCUUGAAAGAAACUAAGGACAGACUAUCUGAAUUGGAGGGCAGACUUGAAACAUGGGAGAAUGAAAUGAAAAACUUCUUAAAAAUAACAAAGAAACACACAGCAAUAAUACAAAGACAAGAAGAUGAUAAGAGGAGCCAUAACUUAAGGAUUAAGAACAUAAAAGAAGAAGUAGGGACACAAACAAGUGAACUACAAAAGCUACUCACAGAAAUAAUCCAGGAGAAUUUUCCUAAUUUAGCAAAAGGUAAAGAUACUCAGAUGUAUGAGGCAUACAGGACCCCAGCUACCUACAACCCUAACAGAGAAACACCCAGGCAUAUAAUAAUAAAAAUUCCAGAAAUUCAAUACAAGAACAGAAUAUUAAAAGCUGUAAGAGACAAGAAACAGACUACUUACAAGGGAAUACCCAUCAGAAUUACAGCAGAUUUCUCUUCACAAACCAUCAAAUCACGAAGAGCAUGGGGAGAAAUAAUUCAAGCUUUGAAAGAUAAUAAUCUCCAGCCAAGAUUGAGAUAUCCUGCACAACUGUCCCUGGAAAUUGAUGGAAAAACAAGAUGCUUCCAGGAUAAAGAGGAACUGGGGGAAUUUGCAACCACCAAUUCAACCCUACAGAAAGUAUUGCAGGAUAUUCUAAAAAAAGAAAAAUACAAAGAACCCAGAAAUAGUGGCGGGGAGGCCACAACGAAUGGAGCAGAGAACAAAAUGUAGAAGACAAACUGA